UCAAAAGUGAUUAUAAGUUGUUUGGGUGUAUUAACGCUAAAAAAAACAAAUUCAUAAAAUUCGCAAUCUGUCGAUUUUAAAAGUUUCAUGUGAGCUUCUUAUGGGAAUUAACGUACUAAAAAAAAUUGAUUUUUUUUUUUUAAAGUUUAUCUUUUACACCAGAUUGUGGUCACGUGGUUCACAAAUGUUUAAGUUUCGGUGUCAGACAUAACACUACUACAUAGAUGUAUGAUUUUGCGUGCAGCAUGGAGCGUUUUGUAAAUCAUACAGUUCGAGUUUUCUCUCGCUCCACGAUCGCUCUGAACGGGUUUCUUGUACAGAGCGCAGAACAUAGAAAACCUGGAGUAGACUUUCAGCCUAGUGAUUACAGAAAGCUUUUGAGCGUGGGAGGGGCCGUUCCGCUCCACUAAUACACUUUGCUCCACUCCGGCUUUUAGCAUGAGCGUUGCUUGGUGACACCCAAAGCUUGAAACUUUGGCACAUUCGGAACAAUUUUCUUUGGCUGAGAAGAAAUAUACGAACUAACUCGCCAAACUUUGUGUGAAACGUAAGCUAAAACUUCGGGAUUCACCAGGAAACAGAUAUUACACUGUUCUAGAUACAAGACCUGCUCGAGACAAGAGGAGGGCACAGACAGAAGGAAGGGAGGAAUAAAACGAAAGAGGCAAAAAUGACUUGGGACUGUGUGGGAAGACAUGGGAGGAGCUUGCAAAGUAUAAACUUGGAUGUUUCCUAGCAGUGGAGAGCCUCAGCACGGUAAACGAUGCCAAAAGUAAAUGAAGAGGACGAAUGCACCGUGGCAUUAACAGAACAUUUGACGGAUAUUCUUUAAAGUUCAGUCUUCUGGAACAUCGGCGAGACGCCAGCAGCUCAGGAACUGACGCUGGGAUCAACUCUUCGGGUGCACUGGAGCUGGACUCGGUGUGGCAUGCGUGGAUCAAAUAGUACAAAUACACUCUUGUACUAAAAGAAAGAAAGCGAACUUAUUUCGUAAGAUGAUCUGGUUAUUGUUUUUGCUCCACUGUUCUGCCGGCGUGUUGUCGUCUUCCACCCAGGUGGCUACAAUCUACCCUCAAGACCCGGCCCUUCCCAUCGGCUCCAGCCUGACAGCCACAUGCUCAGUGAAUCCAGACCACGGCAUUCACGCAGGCUCACUCUACUGGACGCUGAACGGAAAGCGUCUUCCCAGCAGCGCCUACAGCAUUCUGAGCCCCACCGUGCUCAGUGUCACCCUCCCACGUCUCUCCGGGUCCCGCCAGCGCUCCGGAGACAACCUCGUGUGCCAUAACAGCGGGGGUCAUGUGCUGGCCGGCUCCUGCAUCUAUGUUGGCAUGCCUCCUGAGAAACCCGUGACUCUUACCUGCUGGUCCAGGAACACUAAAGACCUCACCUGUAGAUGGGCCCCUGGGGGCCAGGGGGAAACCUUCAUCAAGACAAAAUACACACUCAAAUAUAAGCUCAGGUGGUAUGGACGAGAAAAGGAGUGUGAGGACUACAGCGCUGGAGAGCCGUACACAUGCUACAUCCCCCGCGACCUCGCCCUCUUCACACCCUACGAGAUAUGGGUGGAGGCCUCCAACCAACUCGGAACUGCAACAUCUGACGUCAUCUACUUGGAUAUCUUAGACGUGGUGACGACAGACCCACCGACUGACGUGACUGUGAGCCGAGUGGGCGACCUGGAGGACCAGCUGACCGUGCACUGGGGGACACCGCCUGCACUAAAAGACUUCCUCUUUCAGGCCAAAUACCAGAUCAGAUACAGACUGGAGGAAAGCAGUGACUGGAAGGUGGUGGAUGAUGUUGGGAACCAGACUUCCUGCAGGCUGGCAGGGUUGCGGCCAGGCACGGUGUAUUUCGUGCAGGUGCGCUGUAAUCCGGUAGGGAUUCUGGGAUCUAGGAAAGCUGGCAUUUGGAGUGACUGGAGUCAUCCAACUGCAGCCUCAACACCACACAGUGAGCGGCUGCAGACAGGGUCAUGUGACUCGAAGGUGGGGCAGCAGAACUCCACGUUGCGGCGAGAUUUGAAGCAGUUCUUUGGCUGGGUGCGCAAACACGCCUAUGGUUGCAGCGGUAUGAGUAUCAAACUUUAUGAUCAGUGGCGGGUCUGGCUGCAGAAAUCUCACAAAACCCGCAACCAGGUAGGUUCUUCAAGGAGAUAAAUCAUAGCACGUCGCUCCUGGCAGGCAGAACAUUUAACAACAACAGCACACUGUGGAAGAUUUCACAUUUUCCAGACUGCUGCUUGGCUUGGAUCAGGAAAGUUAAAGUACAGCUGGACUCAAAGCGGGAUGUUCAAACAACAAAAGGUGUCGGGCAUUUGGUCCCUCGUACACAGAUUCAAUUGUGCAGUUCUCUAAAAUGCCUUAUUAUACAGGAAAACAAACCGUCUUUGAUAAUAGCCAUGGAGAUCACGUGGACUAUAUCCUCGCAACUCGCUAUCCAUGGAGACAAGUUCUUGAUAGUGUCGGGGAGCUAUUAAUUAAAGGUCAUAAUUUGCACAUGUACUGAUGACUAUGCUCGAGCCAUGCUUAGCCGACGUGACACAUGGUCUAUAUGUGGACCCGUGACCUUGCUAACUUUAGCCGACCUGUAUGCUAAAGAGGUUCCUCAUGGACAAAUGGAAAAUGUCUGAAUGUUUUUUCAGCCAGUGUUUUGUGUAACUUCAAGACAACUGGAAGAAUAUUAAGACCAUCCAGUUUUACCAAAGGUACCUUUCAUGAAUGUUUGAGUGACAAUGGUGACUAAACUACAGCAGUUUACCUAAAAAUCUUGACAGGUAUACCUCACAGAACAUCUUGCCACUUUUUAGUCUCCUAUUUCUUUAAAUAACCAGUACAUGCAAUGCAAUGCUGAACAUAUCAAUACAUAGAAAUAAGCCUCUCACUUAAAUAAGUUCCACUGCAGUCGUAAAGGAGGACCUUCACUAUAUUCAGGAUCAACACUACAACAAAGUUAACAUGUUGGAACCCCAGAGUGGACUCAGAAAAUGGCCUUUUAAUAAAUGGAGAGAAAGACUUGGCCAACUAAUGUUGUUUCUCAUGUUUAUAUAUGCGUGUUGCCGUUACAAAACUGUAACUGUGUUUGUAGCAUUGAACUGUUUGAAAAUAAUUUUAUGUAUUGAGACAUUUUACUGCUUUUAUUUUUGUACUGAAUUGUAUCCACAUAUUUAAUUUUAAAGUUAUGUUUUGACUCUUAAGUUAUGUGUAGGUAGAUUAUAUUAUUAUUGACUGAAUUGUUAA